ACCACAACGUCUUAAUACCCGUUCUCAGUCUCUUUAGCACCUACUAAGGGACAACAAACUUGUGUAACAUUAUAACAAUCAAAGUCUGUUCUGCCACCUACUAGCGCUUCAUGGGCUCAUUGUGCUCCAAGGCCGGUGCGCAUUCCGGGGGACAUCAGGUGUUGGGAAGCACUGUCGCCCAGUCAAAUGAUGGCACCACCGUGGCACCGUCUUCUAAUCCUCGCGCCGCAGCUGCAGAGGCUGCUGAGAGAAGGUUGAAAACGGCACAUGCACGAGGUACUAAUGCCUCGAAUCCGAAUCGGGGACGACUUGCCGAACAGGUCGAGGCCGCGAAAGCGGUGAGAUCAGUACCUACGUCAAGAGAUGAAGAACGGCUAGUGUGGGAUUGAAUAAUACUUUGUGCGUGUGUAUCGCCUCACCGCCAGUAUAACAUGAUCGCCGAUCCCUCCCAUAAUUUUCAAUUUACCUCGGACC